AGAAGAAGCGCGGUUUGCUGACGUCUCCAUCCCAUCAUGUAUUAUCCUCAGCCUACCGUCUCCUUGGCGGCGGCGGUUGCCCUCCUCCGCCCCUCACUCCGCCGCCACUCUCAAAGGGCGUCAUCCCUUCUCCGCUCCUCCACGCCGCCUCCAUGGGUUAGUGCGAGGAGGAGGACGGCCGUCUCCGACGACUUCUUCACCGUCGAGUUGGACGCUACUGGAGUGGAACCGGAACCGGAUUCCAUCGACGACGGGCUCCCCUCUCCAUGGGAGGGAGCUGUCGUCUACCGCCGCGACGCUGCCGUCCAGCACCUCGAGUACGCCAGCACGCUGGAGCGCCUCGGCCUAGGGGACCUCUCCUCCCCCGACUCCCGCGCGCGCGCCGCUGACCUGGGCCUGGCUGGAGGGACCCUGGACAGCACUGGCGCGCAGCCUCGGACCCCCGUGCUCGUCUCCGUCGACGUGACCAGGCGCCGCGGCCGCCUGCGCCUGGACGGCAUCGUGCGCACCGUCAUCACCCUCGGCUGCUUCAGGUGUGCUGAGCCAGCUCCUCAAGGUAUAUUUGCCAAUUUCUCCCUGCUGUUGACAGAAGACCCAGUAGAGGAGGAACCAGACCUCGGCACGAUUUUUCAAGAGGACGACGACAAAGGUGGUGCUUCGCUAGCCUGCGCCAUGGAUGGAGAUCAAGAUAUCGACUGGGAUGACCGGCUGCAUUUCCCAGCAGCUGACAAGGAAAUCGAUAUAUCCAAGCACAUCCGGGACAUGAUUCAUCUGGAGAUCACCUUGGAUGCAGUGUGCAACCCCAACUGCAAGGGUCUAUGCCUUACCUGCGGCGCAAACCUCAACACCACCAGCAGCUGCACAUGCAAGCCCAGGAACGUCCAAGGACUUUCUCCUCUCAAAGGGGUUUUCAAGUGAUGAUGCGGAUACCAAAGUUUGUACAACCAGCCCAACUUCAUGUCAUGCUGACCAGGAUGAUUAUGUACAUAAAUAAAUAAAAUAAAUGCCUCCGGGACCACGAACAAGAAGGGGGACAUGUGAGGCUGGCUAUCGAUGACUGUUGCAACCUGAGAGGCAGUAGGCCCUUGGGAAAACUCCAAUAUGACAUCAACCUUCCCAGGCCUUCAUUGUCCUCGAGCAUUCUCUGAGAUAGCUCGCAGACCAAGUGAUCAAUGGUCUGUUGUGGGCAGAUCCGAGCAAGAUAUAGGCUAACACGCUUCGAAACAGAAAAAUAAGUAGCAAAUGCACCAGUGAUCUCUGCCGAUGGAUUCACAUUGCAGUCCUCAAUCCCUCUGGUGAUCAAGAAGUUCAAAACUGGGAUGAUAUUGCGAGUAUUGCUUCCAAAGUUUCUCAAUAUCAUCAGGAAACUGAUCACCAUGUUUCCAUGUCACAUAAUAAAGACUAUUGAGUAACCUCUCGCUCCAGCCAGAUUCCUUCAGUCUCACAAAAUUGAGAUUUUCGAUCCAAGGAGCCAGGACCUGAUGCAUUAUUUCCUUGCACAGAUACUCACUGAGGUCAGGAUGGUCCUUGGCAAGCCUUGAGGACAACUUAUACUGGAACUGUUGGUAGGAAUCCGGAAGGUUGCCAACAACAGAAGCCCGGUAAUGCCCAACACCAUCGGUACCGCCCAUUCAUUGUAAGAAAAAAAACUGUUAAGUGUAAACUUGUAGAUGAUAAAGCAGUCAAUAAGAUCAACAAUUAAUCUAUGCAUUGUUUUGAGAAGAAAAUUU